GCCUUCUUGCCGCUGCUGCAGACUGCUGCAGCUCAGUCGACCGGGAUGGGGCUCCACAGAGCAGCUGUUAUCAACAUGUCCUCCAUUCUCGGCUCCAUCACACAGAACUGGGGGGAAGGUGCCAUCUAUAAGAACUACUCCUACCGCACCUCCAAGGCAGCUCUGAACAUGGUGACAAGGUGUCUAGCUACUGAUUUGGGGUCAGAUGGAAUCCUUUGUAUGUCUCUACACCCUGGCUGGGUCAAGACUGACAUGGGAGGGCCUGAUGCUGACUUGACAGUAGAGGAGAGUGUUUCUGGACUGUUGGCCGUUCUCUCCAAUCUCACAGAUAAAGACCAUGGAGGAUUCAAGGACUACCGUGGAGAGAACAUACCAUGGUAAAAUGAAACACUGGGUGUAACACUAAUAAAAACCUUCUCUAUAUAAUAAAAGAAUAUAAUUAAAACAGUGUGUCCUGGUGUAGUGUAAACAACUUGAUACAUAUACUAGCUACCAUCUAAUGCAUUUCUCAUCAUUUAACUAUAAACAACACUAUGUAUAAACAUCAGUUUGGCUUUUGGGGGAGAAAAAAAACACUACUGAAAUUGUUCUUAUGCAUCUUGUUCUGCUCUGGAUUACAAGAAAUGUUCACAAAAAACAUUGGUAAACUGUUUGUUAUAUAUCGACAGAACAGUUUGUAUGUAUUGAUGAUUACAUGUCAAAAAUAUCAAGCUUCUUUAAGAUAUGCCACAAGGAUCUAUUCUUGAUCAAUGUCAUUGCCUAUUUUUUCUUUACAAACAUACCUUUUCAUUGUUGUGUGCUGACGAUAGACAUUUUAGAGCUCCACAAGAUUUUAGUACAUUAAUACAAAAAGUUUAAACAGACUUGGUGCACUUUUUUUAAUGGCUUUAAUUGAACAAACUCACCACAAUAUUAAAAAGACAACUCUUACCGAAUUACUAAUACCAAGUCAUUAUUUUGAGAUAGUAAAGUCACAGUUAUGAGAGAAAAAAAGCUAACGUUUUUUUUUUUCAUUCAACAUGUCAUGUAUUUUUUCACGUCUUGCAGAAACGUGCUUCCACAUAGUUAGGCAAAGGAACAGACAUAAAAUGUAUCUAAGUAAUAAUGAAUGCACGUGUACCAAAAUCAUCUCACUGACUUUGAUGGUUAAGAUAAUACUCCUCAGGAACCUGAUGAUGAACCCAAAGUGUAGAGAGGAUCUACGGUAAUUUCAAGUACAUUAUAAUAAUGGAACAAGACAUUAAACUACAGUUAAGAGAGAAACUUAAGUACCCAUGUAUCAUGUUUUCAAAUAAAUGUGGUUUCUCCAAGAAUGAUUUCCCUUAAA